AAGCACCUUUUGUCUAUAAAGAUCUUCGGCUACCUAGAUCCUCCACAACCAGUCAUUUCGAUAUUUCAACCAAUAGCGCGCCAUAUCAAUAUGCUCAACCGUCAGAUUAGCAGGGACAAAAGAGGGAAGAUCGUAGUGCGCCUAGGCGGUCUAAAUGACAUCAGGCUCGGCUCUCCUGCACACCCACCUACCUUUACGCCACCUGUUGUCACCCCAUCUGAAAAGCUCGAACCGAGUAUUGCGGACUACACAUUCGAACAGUACAAAGCCGCCAACCUCAACAUCGACCAGCAACACGAUAUCAUCGGCAAGCUCCGCAAUGAGCUUCCUAUCAUCGACCGCGACGAAGUCGACGAUACGCUCCUGCGUUCGAUGGCACAGCAGUUCGAGCUCGCAAUUUUCCCAACAUGCAAGAUGAUGCAUGUCGGCCCCCUAGCCGUGAAGCGCAUGUUCGACAACCAGUUCCGCAUGGCGUAUGGACCAGAGGUAGAGGCGGAGGUGUUAGCAAAGCUAGGCUUGUGUCGCUUAGAAGACAUCGAGAAAGCUGUUACUGCAGUGAAAACAGGCAUGGUUACUAAAGAAGACAUCGCGCACAGUGCGACCAAUGUGGAAGAAAGCUCAAUAAGACAGGAGAGAGACAUGGUUGCCCCUCCUCCACCGAAGAAGAAAGCGAGGAUGGCACCGCCCAACAACACACAGAAGGAUCUCAAGGCUCACAUUGCAAGGAGAAGGCGUGCGCAUCGUGGGUGUAAGAUCUUGACGCUGCGCUCGGUAGUUGUGUCGCAGAAGUGGGAGGUCUUGAGUAUUGGCUCGUAGCUGGCCCACACGGGCAGUAGUGAAGGUAGUGACACCUUGACCAAAGGCUGGGUACUGGAAUGAUGAUUUGUUUUUGAGCUGGCGCGCGUCGUGGACGGGCUGGACAAGGGGUGAUACGCAAAUGCUGCACAUAGAGCAAUACGACGAGCGAGUAUUGCAUCAUCACAAGCACUCUUAAAAUCCGGUGGGACACUUUUAUGCAGUGAAAUGUCCGAACGAUGG